AUGGCUCGUCGUUAUGAUACUCGUGCGACAAUAUUUUCGCCUGAAGGUCGUUUAUAUCAAGUGGAAUAUGCUUUAGAAGCUAUCUCACAUGCUGGUGCUUCAUUGGGGAUUCUCGCUGAAAAUGGUGUUGUUUUAUGCGGUGAGAAACGAAAUAUAAGUCCAUUAUUAGAUGACGUAAAAUAUUCAGAAAAAAUUUAUAAGAUACAUGAAGAUUUAUGUUGCAGUGUUAGUGGUAUAACCAGUGAUGCUAAUAUUUUAAUCAAUGAAUUACGAAUGAUUGGACAAAGAUAUUUAUUAACAUAUCAAGAACCGGCUCCCAUUGAAUAUAUUGUAUCGCGUUUGUGUAAUAUAAAACAAGCGUAUACACAAUUUGGUGGUAAACGUCCAUUUGGUGUCUCAUUUUUGUAUAUGGGCUGGGAUAAACAUUAUGGUUAUCAAUUAUAUCAGUCGGAUCCAAGUGGCAAUUAUGGCGGCUGGAAAGCAACGUGUGUUGGUCAUAAUUCACAAACAGCUAUAUCAAUAUUAAAACAAGAAUAUAAAAUUGGUGAAACAACAUUACAAGAUGCUUUACGUUUAGCUGUGCGAGUGUUUAGUAAAACAUUAGAUACAACAAAAUUAACAGCAGAAAAGAUUGAAAUUGCUGUACUAGAACAUGAUGAUAAAACGAAUAAAACAACAAUUCGAAUGUUAAGUGAACAAGAAUUACAACAACUGAUUAAACAAUAUGAAGAGGAACAAAACAAAUUAGAAACAGAAAGACAAAAGCAACAACAAGGACAAGGUAGUCAUCAGCAAACAACUACAAGUGGUGCUAGUGGAACAAUAUCAAAAGAUAAAAAAUAA